GCUCAUCAUCAUAUCAUUUGCAAACCAGAAAAUCAAGAAUUGGGAAGAAAUGGGAAGAGUUAUGAAUAUAUGUAUGGUUGUUUUAUUAUGUUUAACAGGUGUUGCAAUUGCUGAGCAAUGUGGUCGGCAAGCAGGUGGCAAGCUCUGCCCCAAUAACCUAUGUUGUAGCCAGUGGGGGUGGUGUGGCUCCACUGAUGAAUAUUGUUCACCUGAUCAUAACUGCCAAAGCAAUUGCAAAGACAGCGGCGAAGGUGUUGGUGGUGGAAGUGCUUCCAACGUUCUUGCGACGUACCAUUUGUAUAAUCCGCAGGAUCAUGGAUGGGACUUGAAUGCCGUAAAUGCAUAUUGCUCUACAUGGGAUGCUAACAAGCCAUAUUCAUGGCGGAGCAAGUAUGGCUGGACUGCAUUCUGCGGUCCCGUCGGAGCACAUGGCCAGCCCUCCUGUGGAAAGUGCUUGAGUGUGACAAAUACAGGGACUGGAGCUAAAACGACGGUGAGGAUUGUGGAUCAAUGUAGUAAUGGAGGACUAGAUUUGGACGUGAAUGUUUUCCGUCAACUGGAUACAGAUGGGAAAGGAUAUGAACGAGGUCAUCUUACAGUGAACUACCAAUUUAUUGAUUGUGGAGAUUCCUUCAAUCCUCUAUUCUCCAUUAUGAAAUCAUCAGUAAUUAAUUAA